GAUUCUUGCUGGACAGCUCUUCUGGGAAUGGGAUGAAAAAUGUCUUCAGAAAAAUAGGCUUAGGAAGGCCAGAGGAACUUUAUGGACCAACAAGACAUGUCUGAAAGCUCCUCAGGUCAAAACACAAGCGAUCAGGAGACUUGUCCAUCUAAUUCAUCCCACAGCUCCUAUCUGAGUGAGACACACACCCUGUGGGCUCUCUCCAGGAACAGAACACUAUAUUCUCAUUCGGAUUCUGGAAUAUCAUCUCUGCUUCCAUCAGAUUCUUUUAAGUACCUCACUUGGCACAAAGUAGAACAAAAUGACAUCCAAGGAAGUCAACUGCGUUGCCCACGAGUAAGAAAAGGACCCUCUGCCGAAGAGCUGCUCUUCAGAGAGGAGGAAUGUACUUUGCCUUCACAGAAAAGAGUCCUUGAAAAAAACAAAUGGGAAACGUGGCUGCAAGAAAACUGGGAGGACUGCACGAAUUUGAACCUUUCAUUUCAGGAUUUGGGGGACCCUUAUCAAGUUGAAAAUUUUAACAGGAUUCUUAGAAGACUAAUUCGAGUUGAAACCCUCUGGUUAGUGGACAAUUCACUGGUGGAUUUAAGUGCCUUAAGAUUGCCAAGUUGCAGAGUUUUAAAUAUGAACAAAAAUCAUCUCACAUCUUUCAAGCAAUUGCCAAAGAUACCUCAGAUACAGCAUUUAUCCUUGGCUGACAACCACAUUGAGACUCUGACUGGGCUGUCCAGUUUACGGUGCACGCCACUGGAAUCCCUUACGCUCAAGAGGAACCCUUGUGAAUUUCACCAAAACUACCGAAAACGAUCCUCCAAUAAGAAGACAGCACAGUUCAAAAGAGAAAGGACUUAAUGAUAGAGCUAAUGGUAGUGUUCUCCUGUUUGCCAAACUUAAAAAUGCUGGAUGGGAUCCUGAAGCUACCAGAAGAUACUUCACCACCAGAAACCAAUAUUUUUUCAAAACUAUGUAUUGUAUCCUAAUGAAAUCUGUAUAGAAAGAAAGCCAUCACCAUUGUUUUUAAAAAUGAAUAAACACGAAAUGUAUGACUAAAUAUUA